AUGUUCAAAAAGGCUGCAGCUGUUGCUUUCAAGGGUGAGACCAGGAUACGUGGCAAAGAGAGCAAGCGGUUGCACCAGGCCGUAGCAAGUACUGCUGGCGAUGAGAUCGCUGCAGCCCUUUUCCCAAACAAAGCUGAAGUGGUCAUUCGAAAGGCAGGUGGAAGUACAUUCCAAUUCAUUUUUGUGAACGGGGAGUGUUUCUAUGUUCAGCUGGAUGGAAAGGCGGAACUAGGUACGGGGGAGCUGUUGCCAACCCUCCAAGCCUUGUGGCGCGUCGAAGCAGAUGCUUUGCUUCCCAGUGUAGUGAUUCAGAGGCCAGUGGCAAAGUUUAUCUUUGGAGGGGCCAAUGUGAUGGCUCCUGGUGUGCAUUCUAUUGUGCCAACAAAGAGUUGUCUUCCGAAAGAAGGUUGUCUUGUGGCUGUGCGUGCAGAAGGUAACAGUUUUGCUGCGGCUGUGGGCCGACUUCGGAUGGCUCCAAACGCAAUUGUCGGAUCGAAGGGGGAGGCUGUGGAAGUUCUCCAUUUUUUUGGCGACGCCCUUUGGGAGGUAAUGGGCAGCCCAAGACCUGCUGGCUUCAUAGGCGAUCAGAUCCAUCCAACAGAGGCUCAGGAAGAAAAGGAAGAAAGAGGAGUGAAAGAAGAAGAAAUUGUACAAGCUCCCGCUCCAGAAGCGGAAGUGAAGGACAUGCUUGACCAGCCUGACCGCGAUAUGACACACAUGAUUCAGAAUCUGGAAGAGUGCCUCUUGCAGGCCUGCAAAACACGGAUUAAAGACCGCGAUUUGCCUCUUCCUGGGAACGUCCUGUAUGCUCAGCACAUGAGACCUUGCAGGAGAGCUGGGUCCAAUAUCGAUGUGAAGGCCACUCCUUUCAAAAAGCUGAGCGCCUUCCUAUCACACGUGGAGGAGAAGGGUUGGCUGGCUUUGAAGAAGAAUUCCUCGGAUCCCAUUGUAACGAGGAUUUUUCGAGAUCACCCGGAUGUAACAAGCUGGAAACCGUGGCCAAAGGAGGCAACUGCAGAGGUCGAGGAGUCCAAAGGCACUGACUCCUCGCCCACUGAGGCCUCAAUUCAGAUAGAAGUGGUUUGGCGAAUCGGGAAACUCAAACCACUUUUGGAGGAGCUCAAGACGGAGGCAGCUGAUGGUUGUUGGACCAGGGAAGACUGUGCCGCGGCUUUGAAAGCGUAUGCUGACAGUCAUGAACUCUGGCUGAAGAACAACAAGAAACGCAUUGGUCCAGAUGCACUACUGUGCAGCCUGAUAAGUUCAGAGCUGGAGGACCUAUUCCAAAGCUGCAAUCUGCAAGUUGUGAUGUACAUUUGA